UCAGCAUUUCUGGACCUCGAGUCUCUUCCUUUGUCCUGAGAACUUUUCCUGACAUUAUGUCCUCACGUGCCACCAGCUUGCCAGGUGUGGUCCAUGACUAGACUCCCUCCCCUGGAUCCUGGAGCGAGCCCAGAGGCCAGAAUGCAGACACACAGACACACAGCGCGAGCUGCAGGAAGGCCAAGGCCAGGCCGAAAGCUCUCCUCCGGUCGGCCUCUAACAUUCUCCUUUGGAGAGAAUCCUUCCCAGAGGACAAUGAAAAUGCCCCAUUCGGAAUUCCCCAGGAAGCCACCAGAACAGUUCUUUCUGUUUCUGUGGGCACGUAAGAGAGCAUGGCUUCUUCAGCUUUGCGAUGUCAUAAGGCCCCAAGACAUCGCAAAGACCGCGCUGCCCACCGAGGCGUCCGGCCCGGCCCAGGCCCUGCCGCCCCAGGGCCACGGCAGUGUUCUGCGGCACGGGGUGCACAACACCGUCUUCUCUCCAGACGGCCUCCUGGGGGACUCCCAGCCCAGGGAGCCGCGGCGGAGCUGCACCAUCUACCGGCCCUGGUUCUCCCCGUACAGCUACUUCGUCUGCACGGACCAGGAGAGCCAGCCCGAGGCCCUCGGCUUCCCGGAGGUGCAGCAGGACGAGGGCAGGGGGGAGGGCCGGCUGCCCGAGGAGCUGGCAGAGAGCAUCUGCUCGUCCUCCUCGUCCCCUGAGGACACCUGCCCCCGGGAGGCAGCCAGGAAGCCCGGGCCCAGCGUGGACUCCGCAGACUCCAUCACGUCCCGAGACAUCCUGGUGGCCUCCAGGUGGCGGCCGGCCCAGCAGGGCGGCUACAAGUGCGCGGCCUGCUGCCGCAUGUACCCCACGCUGCACUCCCUCAAGAGCCACAUCCGGGGCGGCCUCCGGGAGGGCUUCAGCUGCAAGGUGUACUACCGCAAGCUCAAGGCCCUCUGGGGCCAGGAGAAGGCGCGGCUGGGGGACAGGCUGGCCUCCAGCGGCUGCCAGGCCUUCAAGUAGGCCCAUGGGGUGGCGGCUGGGCCGUGAGCGGACACCUCGGCGAAAGGGGGACGAGGCCUGUUUAUGUCUCCAGGGAUGUCAGUAAACCCCCGUUAGUCACAGCCUUC